AUGAAAUUAUUGGACAAAUUUUUUAGAAAGUGGUACUCUCUACCUGCUUCAACUCGAGUAAAUACAAAGGAAACAGGUAAAUGGAUCUUUUUAUAUCUAAUCUUUUUGCCUGGGACACUACUUUAUAUGAUUAAUGGAGUAUAUGACAUUCAAGAGGAAUCAUGAAAGAAAAGAGCAGUCCCUGAAGAACUAAGUGAUGAAAGCUUCAAUAGAUGGCUAAAAAAACAGCAUGAAGAAGGUAGAUUUUUAGAUGAAAAAUUUAAAUAA